AUAUAUAUAAGAGCUUUCUUAGGUUGUAUCACCAACAUAAUUUUCUUCAUUACCAUUCUUCUUAUUUUCCAAACAUCUUUUCUUCUCAUAGCUAACUCAUGGGCCAGUCAAUGAAGUCUUUUACAGCUGUUUGUCUUGUGCUCCUGCUUGUCUUGGCCACAGAGGUUGGGCCAAGAGUAGCAGAAGCAAGAACAUGUGAAACUGCAAGUCACAAGUUCAAGGGACCAUGCCUUGGCGACAGGAAUUGUGCCAAUGUUUGCCAAACCGAAGGAUUCCCUGGAGGAGAUUGUCAAGGUCUUCGCAGAAGAUGCUUUUGCACCAGGCCUUGUUAAUUUCUAGCGCAUUAUAACAUUUAAUGUGCUUUAAGUUCAUCUUAUAUGGUGGUUGUCUAAAAUAAAGCUAUGGCAUACAUGCAAUAAUUGUGCGUCUAUUGUUGUAUUAUGUCACCUGUUUUCUACACCUAAUGUAGUAAUGUCAUUAUUGUAAGAUGAACAAGUUUGUCCUUUUCAUUUUUUAUGGUAAAAUUUGUAUUGAUGGUUGUGAAUUCUGAAUUUGUGAUGAAUGAAAUUAAAUUGGAAUU